CACGCAGGCCGUGUGACUCCCAGGUCCCCCACUCUCCCCCAGGACCAUAGCACACACCAAAACCCUGAAUAGCCCUCCACUGACAGCCGGCUAGAGACGGAUGCUGGGAGCAGGAAGGGGAUGUGAGGAACCCUUUGGCUUGGCUCUUGCUCCUAACUGUUGCAAGUCCCAGGUGUUGAGUCCUGAGGAGCUGUGACGAUGGAGGCUCUCCCAAAAGCCCCGGACAUUGAUGAGAAGUCUCCAGAAUCCAAGGACCUGCUGCCCAGCCAGACCGCCAGCUCCCUGUGCAUAAGCUCCCGAAGUGAGUCUGUCUGGACCACCGCCCCCCGGAGUAAGUGGGAGAUAUACCGCAAGCCCAUCGUCACCAUGUCCGUGGGUGGCGCCAUCCUCCUCUUCGGCGUGGUCAUCACCUGCUUGGCCUACACCCUGAACCUGGUUGAGAAGUACCUGACAGCCCUCAAGAUGAUAGGGCCUGCCUUCCUGUCCCUGGGACUCAUGAUGCUGGUGUGCGGGCUGGUGUGGGUGCCCAUCAUCAAAAAGAAACAGAAGCAGAGACAGAAGUCUAUGUUCUUCCAGAGCCUCAAGUCCUUCUUCUUAAAUCGCUGAUGAUGACCUCCCCUUCUGUCCUCCCUAUCACCCUGCCACCUCAACCCAGACAAGGAGGUCUGAGGAUCAAUGUUCAAUACCCCAUCUCCUUGGGGGCGGGCUUUGCCAUAAAAAUAAUCCAGGCUGACUGCCUUCCUGGAUCUGGAGGAAGGAGAGCGCUCAGGGCUCCCCUUCUGUAUAGGUGGGGCAUAUUGCUGGACAAAUCUCAUUCAGUGUCUGUUACUACUGAGGCUUCCCUUGGACCCUGCCUGCAGCCAUCCCUUUCUUGGCACCCACACCCUGCCAUGCAUUCAGGAGUCACUCAUCUAUAGCUCUCGCUGCCAUGUGCUAUAAAUGUUGGGAAAUUCCUAGGAUGGGCUGUGCCCUAAGGAGAACCUCAUGUUUAUGCAUCUGAGUGCCUGGGCUGGAUUCCACAUUUGCAUCCUUCUAGAACCAAACUGACCAAUAGGAAUGAUCUUUCCCAAAGGGGAGGGAGGGCUUGCUCGAAACCCCUGGGUUUGCCAGCCCAGCUUCCUUCAUGGGCAAGAUACUGACUUGCAUUUCAAGAGGUGAGACAAGUCACAAGUAUCAAACAUUCCAAAGAGUGAACAGUGAAGGGGCUGGGGAUGGCAUGUUUUCCCUGGAGGAGGCUCAAGAGCCAGCCAGCCAAGAAAGUCCAAUUCUCAGUUAUAUAGUAUUUCUGGAUGUGGUGGGGCAUGCUCAGGGUGUAGCAGUUUCCCCUUGACUUUCUAACUCCUUCUCCUUGACUGCCCUCC